AUGGUUUCAGUAGAGCGCAUCCUCAACUACGCAGCUUUGCCUCCAGAGGGCUCCGUUGAAACGUCUGAUGCCGUGGUUACUCCUGAUAGCAGCUGGCCUUCUGCCGGAGUCAUAAAAUUUGACCACGUGUUUCUGAAAUACGCCAUGAAUGGGCCGUAUGUUUUGAACGACUUUUGCUUAACGAUUGGAAAGCAUGAAAAGAUUGGGCUGGUCGGACGAACCGGUUCAGGUAAAAGUUCUGUCAUAAGCGCGCUUUUCCGCGUGGUCGAGCCAGAGGGCACCAUACUGAUCGAUGACGUCAGUACAAAAUCGGUUGGUCUCCAUGAUCUUCGUCGUAAAAUUUCCAUUAUUCCUCAGGAUCCAGUAUUGUUCAUAGGAACAUUACGAUCGAAUCUUGAUCCGUUCGACGAAUACAGUGACGAAGAGCUUUGGAAGGCGUUAGCGUUAGUGGAACUCGAUAAACUCGUGACAGCUCUUCCCGAUGGACUGAGUGCUAAAACUUACGAAGGUGGUGUGAACUUGAGCGUCGGUCAACGGCAGCUGGUUUGCUUGGCCCGGGCUAUGUUACGAAAAAACAAGAUUUUGGUGCUGGACGAGGCAACAGCGAACGUGGAUUUGAGCACGGAUUCGUUGAUACAACGCACUCUACGACAGUGCUUCGUCGAUUGCACUGUGCUGACGAUCGCGCAUCGACUAAAUACGGUGAUGGACUCGGAUCGCCUGGUUGUGUUAAGCAGAGGAAAGAUUGUACAAUGCGGCAAGCCAUCUGAGCUGUUUCACCAAGUGGACGGUUGUUGCUUUUCAGCGAUGGCUUCUCAGGCAGAUGCCGCUGACGAAUUCCGGAUUCACUGA